AACUCUUGGGGGUCGGGGCGCCGCGUGCACAGACCUCGCAGGAGGGUUGCAGCAUGAGUCGCCACUUGGACCUGGUGCGGAGCUUCCUGGAGCAGCUGGAGGCCCGGGACCGCCGGGAGGGAGCAAUCCUUGCCCGCGAGUUCAGCGAGAUUAAGGCCCGCUCAGUGGCCUGGAAGACUGGAGGCGUGUGCUCCACCAAGGUGGGCAGUCGACCUGGAAACACGAAGAAGAACCGCUACAAAGAUGUGGUGCCAUAUGAUGAGACGCGUGUUAUCCUUUCCCUGCUCCAGGAGGAGGGGCUCGGAGAUUACAUCAAUGCCAACUUCAUCCGGGGCACAGAUGGAAGCCAGGCCUACAUCGCGACACAAGGACCCCUGCCUCAAACUCUGUUGGACUUCUGGCGCCUGGUGUGGGAGUUUGGGGUCAAGGUGAUCCUGAUGGCCUGUCAAGAGACAGAGAAUGGACGGAAGAAGUGUGAACGUUACUGGGCCCAGGAACAGGAGCCACUGCAGACUGGGCCUUUCUGCAUCACCCUGACGAAGGAGACACGGGUGAAUGCGGACAUCAUUCUGAGAACCCUCCAGGUCACAUUCCAGAAGGAAUCCCGCUCCGUGUACCAGCUACAGUAUACGUCUUGGCCUGACCACGGGGUUCCCAGCAAUCCUGAUCACAUUCUCACCAUGGUGGAGGAGGCCCAUCGCCUCCAAGGAGCUGGCCUUGGACCUCUUUGUGUCCACUGCAGUGCCGGCUGCGGUCGAACAGGUGUCCUGUGCGCUGUUGAUUACGUGAGGCAGUUGCUGCUGACCCAGACAAUCCCACCCAAUUUCAGCCUCUUCGAUGUGGUCCUUGAGAUGCGGAAACAGCGGCCCGCUGCAGUGCAGACGGAGGAGCAGUACCGGUUCCUGUCCCACACGGUGGCCCAGCUAUUCUCCCGUACUCUCCAGAAAACCAGCCCCCACUACCAGAAUCUCAAGGAGGUACGGAGCCCCCAGUCCCUCACUGUGAAAGGCGCCUUUGCCUCCUCAGGCUCCUUCCCCAGGAUGUCCCCUCCCGAGCUAACCUCAGCACCCACAAUGGCCAGCAUAGGGGGUAAGGCCUCACCACCCUCCCUGCCCGCUUUCCUGCAGAACUGUGCCCCAAUGUGCAAGGAUGCCUCGUCCCUGCCUGCCACAUCCCGCCCACCAGGUGGGGUUCUCAGGAGCAUCUCGGUGCCCGGACCCCCGACCCCUCCCAUGGCCGACACGUACGCCGUGGUGCAGAAGCGUGGCGCCCCCGCGGGCACGGGGCCGGGGACGCGGGUGCCUAGCAGCGCGGACGCCCCGAUCUACAGCCAGGUGGCUCCGCGUUCCCAGCGGCCGCUGGCACACACCGAGGACAAGAGGGGGGCGACGCCACCGGGCCAGGCUCCUGCUGAUCAAACCCCUCCCGGGCCUGAUGCCUAUGAGGAAGUAACAAAUGGAGCGCAGACGGGUGGCCUAGGCUUCAACUUGCGCAUUGGAAGACCCAAAGGGCCGCGCGAUCCUCCGGCGGAGUGGACACGGGUGUGAGUGCUGUACCAGGUACACAGCCUGUCACUCAAUAGCGACUGGACGGACUUCUGAAGCCACUAUGCUGCUGAGCACUGUGCUGGGAGCGGGACUUGUGGGUCUGCAUCAAAAUAAAAGUUUCUCAGGGCGGAAAAAA